UGUUGAAGACUUCCGGUCUGCCUCGUCCUCUCAGUGUCGAACUGUCGGUGUUCGAACCCUCCGGUUGCUCCGGGUCCCGGUGUUGGAUCGUUUCUGUUCCGACAUGUUGAAGCUCGACGCGUUGCGGCUGUUUGUGGAUCAGCGUCUGUCCGCGGUCACCGACGACAUUUUCCGCUGUUUGACCAGAACGAUAAGCGAAUACGAACAUGACGUUUUCCGGUUGAAGCAGGAGAUAGAGAGACAGCGGAAACUGCUGGAGACCGCAGGACGACCGGGACACACACCGGAGGACACACUGGAGGACACACCGGGGGACACACCGGAGGACACACCGGCAGGUGUUCUGCUGGUUUCCACCACAGAAGAAGAACAGCAGGUCAGGAGGCGGAGCUUCAGUCUGUACAUCAAACAGGAGGAGGGCGGAGCCUCAGGACCUGAGGACAGCAACAUCAUCAUCAGUCCUAAUUGCCUGAGGGAGCGACCUGAAACAGACCUGAGUCGUCUCCCCAAUCAGAUUCAGUCAUACCUGGAGGAGGAGGGGCCUCAACAUACUGAAGAUCCUCCGGAGGCAUUCACUGUCAAACAGGAAGUGGAUGAGGGUCACAUGAUGCUGGAGGCUGCGAGUAGAGAGGAGUUCAGCUCUCAGCAGGAAGGUUUUCUGUUUGUUUCCACCACAGAGGAAGAGCAGCAGCUGAGGGGGCGGAGCUACAGUCUGCACAUCAAACAGGAAGAGGGUGGAGCUUCAGGUUCUGAGGAGUUCACAUCGAGUCCUGAUUGGCUGAUGGGAAGCAACGAUGCAGAGGGAAGUUCCUUGUCCACUCAGAUCCCGUCCCACAUACAGAAGGAGUUUCUCUGGAUCCCGUCAGACCUCAUGAGAUCAGAAUCUGGGUGUCGAUCACACCAUCAUGGGGACUCUGAUGUCCAAUCGCCUGCUGAGGACAGCGGAGACACUCCAUCUGAACCAGGUCUCCAGACACCUGAGACUCCUGUAGAACAGAAGCUGCUGGUCUGCGGCAGCUGCGGUCGACAGUUCAGUUCAAGACGAACUUUGAGGAAACACAUCAGGCAAAACACAGCUCAGGACCAAGACCAGAUGUCCUGCAGCCUCCGCAGACAGAGGGCAACCUUCCAGAGUCCUGCCAAGUCCUUCAGCUGCAGGGUCUGUGGAAACUCCUUCUACACACGGGGGAUUCUGGUGCGGCACGCUGAAAACCACUGCAAGGAACCUGAGAACCGGUGUGGGGCCUGUGGGGACUGUCUGGAUUCGACGGAGAACCUCAGAGACCACCUGCGGUCCCACAAAGAACUGGGCAGCACCUGCGAUGUGUGUGGGAAGAAGUGCAGCUCCAUCAGGAGGAUGGAGAUCCACAAACGGGUCCACACCGGAGAGAAGCCGUACAGCUGCAGGUUCUGCAGCCGAGACUUCAGCAGGAAGGAGAGUCUGGAGAGACACCUAAAGAUCCAUACCGGGGACAGACCACACCGAUGUGGACUCUGCAGGAGGACGUUCACCAGGAGGGAGUACCUGGUCCACCACCUGAAGACCGGUCACACAGAGAGUCCAUCUGCAGGGACGGAGUGGACGGAGCAGAUCAGUCUGAUGCUGUGAAACUGGACAGAAACGUGAUGUAGAGACGAGACAUUCACUGACUCAUGUGAAAGGACUUAAUGUUUGUAACUGUUAAACAUCAGGAAAGAAAACGGCUUUGAUAAAAAAUUCAUUUGAUUCAUUAACAGGAACAGAUUUAGUUAAAUCUUUGUUCUGUGUGUUAACUUCGUGUUGCUAAGUUACACAGAGUUCAGACCUUCAACAGUCUCAUUAUAGAACAUUUCAAUUCACGAGAUCCACAAAGUUGAUCCGGAUCUGAACCACACACUCAGAAAUAUCAUGUCGGAUUCUCGAAGUUCUUCAGAUGCAUUCUGGACUUUUAGCAAAAUCCAGCAAACAAACAAACCGAAUGAAAACAGGUCAUUGUACAAAUACACAAGUACAACGGAACCUUUUAAAAAUGUUUGUAUAAGUAAUGAAAAAAGUUUUUACAGUUGGUUUAGCAAAAACAUGUCAUUCACGUACAGGAAGCAGCAGUGUAUUGUGGGACAUGAUGGAGAAACAUCCACAGUAUCCUGAUGUCACAUGAUUCAGUUGCAUCUCCAUGACAACAGAGUUUUCUCUAAUGUGACAAACCUGGAAAAUAUUUCAAUAUUAUUUCAUUUUAGUUGAAAACAUUCAAACGUCCUCAGAUCAGCAGCACUUUGAACCAUAGACGACAAAUGUGUGUGUGUGUGUGUGUGUGUGUGUGUGUGUGUGUGUCAUUUCCAGGAAGAGGUACAAAGAGUGUUUGUGUGUUACAAAGUGAUUUCCUGGUCAACCGGGUGUUUCCUGUUAAAACACACACACUCAGUGGGUCAUUGUGUGUUGUCCAGUUACUUUAUGAACACACACACACUCACACACACACACACAC